CUCCUCCUCCUCCUCCUCCUCUUCCUCCUCUUCCUCCUCCUCCUCUUUUUUUUUUUCCUCCUUUUUUUCCCCCCUUUUCCUGCUUUUUUCCUGCUUUUUUUUCCUCCCUCCCGCUCCUCCUCCCGGGAUCGCUCCCGGCCAUGGAAGGCUCGGGACCCCCGGGGGGGGCGCGGGGGUCGCCGCCCCCCUGAAGGCACGGCGGGAAAGAUUCCCGUUUUCCCCGACGAUGGAAAAGCUCCUGCUCCCUCUCCUCCUCCUCCUCCUCCUCUUCUUCUUCUUCUUCUUCUCCGCCGCCGCGGCCGCCUCGGGCUCUCCGCCCUGCCCCAAGCGCUGCUCGUGCCAGAACCUGUCGCCCUCCUUCACCAUCCUGUGCACCAAGACCGGGCUGCUCUUCGUGCCGCCCGGCAUCGACCGGCGCACGGCCGAGCUGCGCCUGAUGGACAACUUCAUCACCGUGCUGCGCCGGCGCGACUUCGCCAACAUGACGCAGCUGAUCCACCUGACGCUGUCGCGCAACACCAUCAGCCAGAUCAUGCCUUACGCCUUCUCCGACCUCAGGGGGCUGCACGCCCUCCACCUGGACAGCAACCGCCUGACGGCCAUCCACGAGGAUCACUUCAAGGGUUUGGUCAACCUGAGGCACCUGAUUCUGAGCAACAACCAGCUGAGCUUCAUCUCGCCCAAGUCUUUGGAUGAUUUCUUGGAGACCAUCGAGGAUUUGGAUUUGUCCUACAAUAAUUUGGUGGAUGUUCCGUGGGGCACCGUGGCCAAGCUGUCCAACGUCAACACGGUGAGUUUGGAUCACAACCUCAUCGAGUUCGUGCCCGAGGGGAUUUUUUCCAACCUCCACAAGCUGGCCAGGUUGGACAUGACCUCCAACAAGCUCAAGAAGAUCCCUCCGGACCCGCUGUUCUCGCGCAUCCCCGUCUACGCCAAGUCCAAAGGUUCUCCCCUGACCUCGCUGGUGCUGAGUUUCGGCGGGAACCCCCUCCACUGCAACUGCGAGCUGGUGUGGCUGCGGCGGCUGACGCGCGAGGACGACCUGGAGACGUGCGCCUCGCCGCCCGAGCUGAUGGGCAAAUACUUCUGGAGCAUCCGCGAGGAGGAGUUCGUCUGCGAGCCGCCCAUGAUCACCCACCGCACGCCCAAGCUGGUGACGGCCGCCGGCCGCGGCGCCUCGCUCAAGUGCAAAGCCGUGGGCGACCCCGAGCCCUACGUGCGCUGGAUCGCGCCCGACGGCAAGCUGGUGGCCAACACCAGCAGGACGGUUUCCUACCGCAACGGCACCUUGGAUAUUUUGGAGGCGUCCUCGGGCGACCAAGGGACCUUCACCUGCAUCGCCUCCAACGCCGCCGGCGAGUCGACGGCGCCCGUGGAGUUCCGCGUGGUGCCCGAGGGCAACGGCAGCGAGUGCGAGGAUGAGGAGGGGAGGAAGGCGGCCACGGCGAGGCCGGAGCCCUCGGAUAUCCUGAUCUCGGCCAAGUCCAGCUCGGCCAACGAGUCGCGGGGGGACGGGGGCGGGGUGGUGGUGGCCGAGGUGACGGCGACGUCGGCGCUGGUGCGGUGGCCGCCGCAGGAGGGGCUGGAGGGGCUGCGGAUGUACCAGCUGCAGUACAACAGCUCGGGCGACGAGAUCCUGGUCUAUCGGAUGAUCCCGGCGCCCAGCGCGUCGUUCUCGCUGUCGGACCUGGCGCCGGGCCGGCACUACGAGCUGUGCGUGCUGGCCGUGUUCUCGGACGCGCGGAGCUCGCUGCCGGCCACGCGGCCGCUGGGCUGGGAACGGGAAACAUGGGGAAAAGUGGAGGGAAAGUAGGGGAAUUGGCGGGAAAGUAGGGGAAAUUGGCGGGAAAGUAGGGGAAUUGGCGGGAAAGUAGGGGAAUUGGCGGGAAAGUAGGGGAAUUGGCGGGAAAGUAGGGGAAAUUGGCGGGAAAGUAGGGGAAUUGGCGGGAAAAUAGGGGAAUUGGCGGGAAAAUAGGGGAAAUUGGCGGGAAAAUAGGGGAAUUGGCGGGAAAGUAGGGGAAAUUGGCGGGAAAAUAGGGAAAUUGGUGGGAAAAUAGGGAAAAAGGGGUCAAAAUUGGGGGAAAAAGGGAUGGAAGAGGUGAUGGAGAACUGGGAGAUGGGGAUGAGGAAGGGGAUGGAAAUAGGGAGAGAAGGGUCAAAAAAAUAGGAAAAAUGGCUGGAAAAUGAGGAAAAAAUAGGAUGGAAAAGGAUCUAAAAACCUGGGAGAUAGGGAUGAGGAAGGGGAUGGAAAAUAGAGAGAGAAGGGUCAAAAAGCAUGGAAAAAAGGGUGAAAAACAUGGGAAAAAUGGGAAAAAUAGGGUGAAAAACAUGGGAAAA